AUGCCGGAGACUCGCGGUCGCACUUUUGAUGAGGUGGCUCGUGACCUGGCUUUCGGCAACAUAGUGGUCGGCAAACGGACCGCUCGCCUCGAGGACCGCAAUAUGGUUGUAUUCACAAAGGAGAGCGAAGUCUCCGAUAACGAAAUUCGCUCUGGGUCCGCCACCCAGGCGACUACUAUACCCCUCUUGGGAGGACAAAAUGAGAUUGCUUCCGCAGAAAUCGAAUAA